AUAAGAAGUAACUGUGUAAUUUUUUAUUCUUUUUUGACAUCAAUAUUUUGUAAUUAAUAGGUUUUUGAUUCGAUUAAUGACUAGUAUUUAUACAGAUAGGAUGUAUUCAAACUAACAUGUCAGGCCCCGUAGUGAUUAGAUAUAUUCACAGCGUGCAAUUAAUUUUUACAGUCACCGUGAAUAAUUCGGAGCGUACGAACAAGCUAUAAAAUGUAGCUUAUAUGAAGCAAUGGAGUACCAAGUUAUAUCAAUUUGCAUGCUAGCAUAUUUGAUUUCAGUUGUAACAUGUGCAAUUCAAAGUGAAACUUUUACAUUUAAUUCCGUUGCAAGUGGUAAAACAUGUCCGUUACCGGACCAGUUAUUUACGUUAACGGUUUCUAAGAAAAUUGCGUGUGUAAAAGACUGCAUGAAAUUGCCAAAUUGCAAAGGUGUUGCGUACACCCCUACAAAUGGACUAUGUACUGGAUGUAGCGGAUAUUAUGAUAUAUUUAGUACUAUGGUUGACGCACCAAGCUCGCUGUUUUAUGCUGUUCCUACAAACAUAGACAACUGUGGGAUACCGAUCGUUGCGGAUAUACACGUUGUGCUUGAUGUAUUUAGUGGGAAUUCAAGUGUCGGUGCCCAAUUGGCGUACACUUGCACCCCGUGCACAUAUUUCCCGCUGAUGGAUAAUCCUGUCAUCACGUGCCAGGCAAAUUUGACGUGGACCAUACCAGAAUGUGUAUUUGGUCCAGAUGUCGGACACUUAGCUAAUAAUGAACCAAUAGCAGUUGGUGAAACAGGUUGCGGUGAAUACUAUGGCAACAGUUGUGAAGGAAGCGGGCUUUCUGGUGACUUGCUGAAAUAUAACGGUUUACGUGGGGACUGUUUCUGUGACAACGAGUGUUGCUCCUCGGAAGAUUGUUGUUUUGAUUCUACAUGUUCUGAUACACCGCCAAUAUUUUAAUUAUUCAUUUACCUAAUCGUUGGAUAAUUAAGCUCCUAACCGCUCGGGUAAUGCUGUAAAAAAUCAAUUCUAUAAAACAUACUUUUGUGACGAUUCAUAAAACAAAAUUUACACCCUGUAUGAUAACAUUAAAAGACAACACCAUA